AUGUGGGUUCAAGCACCUACGGUUUGCUUCUUGUGGGAGACUAGACUGGACAAGGAGGGGUUUGACAGACAACUAGGGGACCUACCGUUCCCAAACAAAAUAGUGGUUAAGCAACUAAAUUCUAGAGGAGGAUUAACACUGAUUUGGAGGGAAGGAGUGCAGCUGGAACUCAUCAAUUUCACCAUGAACCAUAUUCUUGUUAAAGUCAUGGAAGAAGAUGGGUUCAAUUGGUUUCUCAUCGGAUUUUAUGGGUGGCCUGAAGCUAGCCAACGUGAAGGGUUCACAUCCUUAUUAGCAAAAGCUGAGUCGGCGGGGAGGAUUCAUGGUGUUUCUAUUUGUAGAAGAGCGCUAACAAUAUCUCACUUGCUUUUCGUUGAUGAUUCAUUGUUGUUCUACAAAGCCUCUCAAAAGGAAGUCCAGGUGAUAAAUGGAAUUCUACAAACUUAUGUAGAUGCCUCGGGUCAGUGUAAUAAUAUGGAGAAGUCCUCAGUAUUUUUCAGUAACAACACUCCAGAGGGGAUGCGAGAUUGGAUAAAGGUGAAGUUGGCUGUAAAGGAAGUAGCAAAGUUUGAAACUUACCUGGGGCUACCGACAUUGGUUGGAAGGGCAAAGUACCAAACUUUUGCCUAUCUUAAAGAUAGAGUGUGGAAAAAGUUGCUGGGUUGGAAAGGCAAAUUGUUGUCCAAGGCCAGGAAAGAGGUGUUGAUUAAGGCCGUAGCACAAUCUAUCCCCACAUACAUAAUGGGUGUCUUCCAAUUGCCAACAAAGCUUUGUGAUGAUCUUAACGCAAUGUGUGCGAACUUCUGGUGGGGUUAA